AUGGCGAGGAGUGGCGCGCAGGAGGGGCGCGGCGCAAGGGAUGCCAAACACGAAUCGCGAGACGCCAAACGCGGCGGGCGCGGGCGGCCGGAAGGCCGAUCCGGCGGCGGCUGGAAGGGGUUUGGCGGGGAGGGGAGGGGGGCGCAGGGCGGCGGGGAGCGCCAAGGCGGUGUGCGGAAUGAUGGGAAGGGAAGGAGCCAGAGAAAGGAAAAGAGGAAGAAGGGGCUGAAGGUGGCCAGGGGACCAGCCCCGGACGUCAGCAAUAGCGGAGACCCCCACACGAUGGUCAUUCACAGAGGCAGAUUUACGCGUGCCAUUCGUCCAUUGAAGGAAGACCUGAGGAGCCUACUCCAGCCCAACACGGCCGCAAAACUCAAGGACAGAAGGGAUAAUCAGAUGAGAGACUUUGUGGAUGUCUGUGGCCCACUGGGGGUGACACAUCUUCUCAUCCUUUCUGCAACAGAGCAUGGGGUGAAUUUAAAGAUUGCUAAAGUGCCUCAGGGUCCAACCAUCAGCUACCGCAUUCUCAAAUACUCCCUCAUGCACGAUGUCUUGGCAGCACAAGCCUUCCCCAAGUUCUCCCAGAGCAUGCUAUCCAAGCCACCCCUUGUUGUGAUGACCAACUUUGGCCAACAGGAGCACCACAAGCUGGCAACUACCAUGUUCCAGAACAUGUUUCCUCCGCUCAACCUUGCAACGAUGAAGCUGUCGAGCUGCAAGAGGGUCCUGCUGCUUGACUACAACCGUGAACGAGAUGCCAUUGUCCUGCGGCACUACAGCAUCCGCCUGCCUGUCUCCGGCACUCGGAAGAGCAUCAAGACCCUCCUGGAGCACAAGGCGCCAGACAUGGGCCACAUGGCAGAUAUCAGUGAGCUCAUAUCCAAGAGCGGUUACGCAUCGGAGAGUGAGGCGGAGGAUGCUGCAGAGGGGCGAGUCACACUAACAGAUGCGUUCAGUGCAUCGGCCGCAAAGCGUCAACGUCGUGUGAAGCUGCAUGAGAUUGGUCCGCGGCUGGAGCUGGAGAUGGUGAAAAUAGAGGAGGGCGUGUGUGAGGGCCGUGUGCUGUUUCACAAGCAUGUGCACAAGACCUUUGAAGAAGUUGCAGAGCUGCAGAGAAAGCAUGAAGAGAAAAAGGCCCUGACGGCAAUGAGAAAGAAACAGCAGGAAGCAAACGUUCUGCGUAAAGCUGAGGAAAGGAAGCGCAAGAGGCCUGCAGAUGCAGUGCAGCAGGCGAAUGAGGGCGUGGCGCUUGCAGAAGAUGAUGACCAUCAAUAUUAUGUGGAUGAGGUUGGAGAAGAGCCAGACGAGCAUUUCGGCGGCAUUGAUGGCAGGCCGCUAAAGAGACAGCGCAGGCAGCAGGGGCACAAGGGGGAUUCGCAUCGCAGGGGCAGCAGGCGCGGAGGCAGGGGGAUGCAAAAUUCGCAAGGGAGGGACGGGAAGGGCCGAGGCAGGAGUCGUGGUGGUAUGGGUGGGAGGGGCAGGUUGGGUGGGAUGGCCUCCCGAUUUGUCGGCGACACAAGACGCAGGCGUUGA